AUGAAUAUAAUCCAGCUAAGACAGGCUAUAAUGCGCCAGACUUUAGAAAACUGGGAAGGAGGCGUUAGAAUAGGGGGGGUUCAGAUAACGAACCUGAGAUAUGCCGACGACACCACACUUCUUGCUUCAUCUGAGGCGGAGAUGAAGGAGCUUCUGGACAGAUUAGAGGCUAUAAGCCUAAACAUGGGACUAGCAAUUAACAAAAGCAAGACCAAGCUGCUAGUCGUAGACCGCUUCUCAUCCACUCAGCGUACGGACCUUUUGGCAGAAUACGAGGCCGUGGACCAGUUUGUCUACCUUGGUUCUGUGAUCACGGAUAAGGGGAGCUGUGAGCCUGAAAUACGCCGACGAAUUGGAAUGGCUAAAACAGCUAUGACGCAGUUGAGCAAAGUUUGGAAAGAUCAGCUGAAGGUCACCAAGCGCCUACUGACUACGCGCCAGGAAAGGAUCCGGAGUUUCUUUGGGCACAUAAUGCGAUCCCCAUUGAACAGCCUGGAGAAGCUCAGAAUUCUCGGACAAAUUGAGGGGAAGCGCGCUAGAGGAAGAGCGCCAGCUAGAUGGGUGGCCCAACUCAAGGAGAUGAGUGGAGGCCAGAUACUGGGAGCGAAACAAGGAAGUUGUAAGCAUAAUUUCAUGCUAAACAAGGAGUACGCUGUAUUGAACUAUGACGUCAGUGUUCACACCAUGUAA